GAAAGUUACAGAAAUAUAGAUGUUUAGCUGUGUACUGAAAAAGUGAUUAUAGUCAGAGACAUUCAGUGUUCAAAUCACAUUUAACUUUUUGAUUUUAUAGGUUUGAUGUCCAAUAAUAUUACAGUUAAUUUACGUAAAAUCUCAAAAUGACUGUCGAGGUACAAAAUAACCAAGGUGCUUCAAAAAUUUACAAAUAGACAAGAUCACGGUAUGCUGAAGCUACAGUAACUGGCCUGACUCAUUACCUACUGUUUGUUCUGCAAGUCCACAGAAGAAAUAAUACAGUGGUGGCCCCCAAACACGAGACAUGCCAGCAAUCUUUUUUUUUUUUUACUUUAUUUAACAAACAAUGAGUAUACACAUGCCAGCAAUCCGCUAUGCAAAAUGUCAAGUGACCCUAUCUACCUGACCUAGUUGGGAUCUAGCAUUGAGUGAUUAUCAGAUUGUUGCACAGCUAUUUAUUAAUAUCGUGGUCAUCUGCAUAUGAUUCUAGGCUAUAUUACAAAGCAGACAAUAACUACUACGCGGAGACAUUAAAUAAUGACACACUAUAAAAGCUUUCGAAAGAGGUCAGUAAUAAUUACUUCACUGCGAAGUAGCAACUCCCGUCAACGUUUAUUACUUCUAAAUUUCUUCUUAUUUAUUUGAAGACGAGCAGUCUUCUCUGGACUGCAGUCUGUUUCUUGUUAUAGUUUAUUUUAAAUCAAUGUCCGCGAGUGUUUGCAAUUCUCGCGAGAGUCUCCCAGCAGCCGUUUCCGUGGAAACCAAUUCACGCACCCGCACUCUGUGUUUUAGCUGGAUAUUUCUUUGAUGUUUAAAUGUGGUUUUAAAUACUUAGUUUCACAAUGAGUAAUGAUUACUACGAGACUUUGGAAAUAAAUAGAAACGCAACAGAUGCAGACAUCAAAAAGGCAUAUCGACGCCUUGCACUGAAGUUUCAUCCGAAAAGAAACAGAGAGCCUGGAAGCUCCCAGAAAUUUACCCAGUUGGGUGAAGCCUAUGAUGUUUUAAGCGACCCUCGAAAAAAGGCAACUUACGACAAGUUUGGAGAGGAGGGCCUGAGAGGUGGUAUUCCACUUGAGUUUGCCAGCAAUGGAACUUGGUCAUCAAAAUACGUCUACCAUGGGAAUCCUGACCAGACAUUCAAACAGUUUUUCGGGGGUGACAACCCAUUUGCAGACUUCUACACAAAUGAUGUGCCGCUUCAGUUCGGUGGCCUGCAGCCACAAGUGGCGAAAACGCAAGAUUCCCCAAUAGAGAGAGACCUUCAUUUGUGCCUGGACGAUCUCUUCCAUGGAUGCACAAAAAAGAUCAAGAUAUCUCGCAGAGUCAUGAAUGAUGAUGGAUGCACAUCCAGUAUCAAAGACAAGAUUCUGAGUAUAGAUGUCAAGCCUGGAUGGAACGAAGGCACAAGAAUUACUUUCCCCAAAGAGGGAGAUCAGGGACCAAACAGCAUUCCCGCAGAUAUUGUGUUUAUUGUGCGACAGAAGACUCAUCCUCUGUUUGUGAGACAUAACAAUGACCUCAUCUACAAAGCAAAGAUUACUCUGGAGAUGGCUUUAACUGGCUUCUCUGUGGACGUGCAGACACUAGAUGGCAGGCUGCUCUCUGUUCUUAUCAAUGACAUUGUCCACCCUAGAUACCAAAAAGUCUUGUCCGGAGAAGGAAUGCCGCUGUCCAAGAACCCUUCCCAGAGAGGAAACCUCAUAAUUACUUUUGACCUUAAGUUCCCCGAGACGCUUUCUGCUGAGAGGAAGUAUCUGAUCAAGCAAGCUCUGUCUUUUAAAGAUUAAUCACAUUCCAAAUACAUGUGUAAUCAGAAUGA